AUGCCGCUUGAAUUUAACGGAACUGAGCAUCUUGAUAAAAGCAAGGACGUGAGUUUAACUGCUUCCAAAGUAAACGAUAAUGUGAGAUUAUUUGGAACUGCAUCAAUAAAUGGCUAUAAAGAAAAUUAUAAUUUUCCCGAACCGACUGGACCAACUUACAAUUCUAUUACUGGUAGCGCGGGAGUUAUUACCGAAGCCGGACACAGCGCGAGUGUGGAAGCGAGACACAUACCAAAUUUCGGGAACCAAGUCACCGCAGCGACCAAUAUAAGUGUUCUAAAAGCUGAUACCCACAAAGUUGACGUUAACGCUUUUACUACGAAACACUUUCCUAGCGGACCUAUUCCGAAUUUUUUCUACACAUGGAGCUGGCGUUAA